AACGCAAACACAGCAGCACUCCGUUAUCGCGGCGGCACAUGAUGAGCGCAGCCAGAUACUACAGCGUUGAGCUUUAAAACGGACAUAUUGUAACUUUUAUCAGCCAUGGGUAAUCCCUGCAAAGGGCCCUACUGUCAAACUGAUUUCUUCCGAGACACAUGGGUGCGCUAUCUUGGGUAUGCGAAUGAGGUGGGCGAGUCGUUCCGGCCGGUCGUGCCGCGCAGCGUGGUGCGCGCCAGCUACGGCGUGGCGAUGCUCUACGUUAUCGCUGACACUGCGCACAAGAGCCAAGCUUCAUUGAGGAGAGACGGUCGGCUUUCAAAAAUGAUAGUUGACGCUGGUGAUGCUCUCAUCUGGCAGACCUUGGCGUCCGUCAUUAUACCAGGAGUGGUAAUCAACAGAAUAUCCCACUACUCGGGUAAGGGGCUCGCUAAAUACUUUGGCAAAAUACCCCGUUCAACUCGCAAGUGGAUGACAGUGGCCAUAGGGCUUUCUUCAAUUCCGUUCAUCGUGAAACCAAUCGAUACAGCUGUCACAGCAUUCAUGGACAUAUCUUAUAGGAAAGUCUUUUGAGGAACUCGAAGUCCGAUGAGCUGCAGAUUACAGGUAAGGGUUAUCUGACUUCGUUUGUUUCGUAUGUAUGUUUUCAUUACGUACAAAAAUAGUGGUUUGUUUUAGAGCUAAUGCUGGGAAUUCUGGUU